GCAUAAUUGCAUUGCACUUGCUCAUCGCUACCCCACCCCGCCACGAGCAAGGCAAAGAAAACAAAGGCAUGUCCGCAUGCAACACUAGCUUUGCACACAACGCAUCGUCUCGUCGGUCUCAGGCAACGCGACGACAUGCUGCCGCCGCCGCCGCCUCUCCUCGCCGGUAGCUACAGACACCUCGCGCCGGUUCUCCUGCUGCUCUGGCUCCGCUCCGGCGCGGCGGGUACCGUUCCCGCCCCGAACGGCGGCGAUCGAGCCGCCCUCGAGGCCUUCAAGGAGGCGGCGACGGCCGGCGGCGCGCUGGCCUCGUGGAACAGCAGCACCGGCUACUGCGGCUGGGUGGGCGUCACCUGCGGCGGCCGGGGCCACCGGUGGCGGGUGGUGUCCCUGGACCUCCACUCCCGGGGGCUCGACGGCACCAUCUCCCCGGCCAUCGGCAACCUCACCUUCCUGCGCUCGCUCAACCUCAGCUUCAACGGCCUGCGCGGGCAGAUCCCACCGAGCGUCGGGUCCCUCCGCCGCCUCCGGUACCUCAACCUCCGGGGCAACGCGCUCGCCGGCGCCAUCCCGGGCAACAUCACCCGCUGCGCCAGCCUCAGGGAGCUCGUGCUCGCCGACAACAAAGGCCUGACGGGGAGCAUACCGGCGGCGAUCGGCGGCAUGCCGCUGCUGAGCGUCCUGCACAUCGCCAACAACAGCAUCACCGGGCCCAUCCCGCCGUCGCUGGGGAACCUCUCCCGGCUCACCAGGUUGGCCCUGUCCAACAACUACCUCCAGGGCACCAUCCCGGCCAGCAUAGGCAACAAUGGGCACCUCAGGCUCCUGUAUCUGUUCAGCAACAACCUCUCAGGUCUGCUUCCGGCUUCCCUGUACAACAUGUCCUCUCUGAAUUACCUCAGUGUGGCUAACAACAGCCUGCACGGCAGCCUCCCAGACGACCUGGGGACAAGCCUUCCCAGCAUCCAGCAGAUACAGAUUGCGUUUAACCGCUUCACCGGGGCGGUUCCUCCUUCCAUCGCCAAUCUUUCCAGCCUCGAGGUGUUUGAAGUCUCGAAGAACAAGUUCCAUGGGGUUGUCCCACCAGUAUUGGCAGGAUUGCAGCAUCUCCGAUGGUUCGACAUUGAUGGGAAUGAGUUUGUGGCAAACGAUGAGAAAGAGUGGGAGUUUCUAACUUCCUUGACAAACUGCAGCAGAUUGGAACUUCUGUCUAUCGCCUGGAACAGGUUCACGGGGAAGCUGCCAAGUUCAUUGGCCAAUAUGUCCACCAGCCUCCAACAGCUUCGGAUGUUUGGAAAUGGUAUGUCCGGGGCUAUACCGUCUGGUCUGGGUAAUUUGAUAAGCCUUGAGAUGAUUGAUAUUGGUCAGAACUUGCUCUCCGGGGUCAUUCCUGAAAGCAUAGGGGCGCUUACGAGAUUGAACCGGUUAUACCUAGACUCCAACAACUUGUCAGGGCUUCUCCCAUCCUCCAUUGGGAACCUCACAAGCCUAACAGAACUUGAUGCAAGUAUCAACAGCCUAGAGGGACCAAUUCCAUCAAGCAUUGGGAAUUUGGGGGAGCUGUUAGUCCUAGCUCUAGCAAAUAACAAACUUACUGGGGCGAUUCCGAAAGAAAUUAAGAACCUAUCAUCACUCUCCAUAUAUCUGGAUUUGUCUUACAACUUGCUGGAGGGACCUCUUCCUUCAGAGAUCGGUGCCCUGGUACAUCUUGAAAAUCUGGCUGUGUCAGGAAAUCAACUGUCUGGUGAGAUUCCCGAUGCGAUUAGCAACUGCAUUGUUCUACAAUUGGUUGCAAUGGACGAUAACUCAUUCCAAGGAAGCAUCCCUCCGAUACUGAAUCGUAUACAAGGCCUCACUCAACUGAAUUUGACAAGCAACAAACUGACCGGUAGCAUCCCCGGGGACCUAGGCAGUAUUGGCAGCUUGCAGGGACUGUACCUUGCCCACAAUAAUCUGUCAGGACCAAUACCUAAGCUCCUAGGCAACUCAACAUCGCUCCUCCUCCUUGAUCUAUCCUUCAACAAUUUACAAGGUGAAGUGCCAACUGAAGGGGUAUUCAAGAAUCUAACUGGACUAUCAAUUACUGGAAAUAAUGAGUUAUGCGGUGGCAUACCACAGCUUCAUCUGCCAAAAUGCCCGAACCCGACUGCAAGGAAGAAUGAGAAAGCCAUGUCAGUGCCUCUUAGAAUAGCAGGGAUCACGAUAGGAGCUAUUCUGGUCUUGAUUUCAGGGCUUGCUUUAGCUGUAUUUCUUUAUAGAAGGUACAAGGCAGGAACGACGAAAGAACAGCUGCCAUCUCACUUCACCGAGAUAGAUUUUCCAAUGGUUUCAUACAAUGAAAUACUCAAGGGAACAGAUGGUUUCUCGGAAGCCAAUCUUCUUGGGAAGGGAAGAUAUGGUACGGUAUACAAAGGCACUAUAGAAAAUCAAGGCGUUGCUGUGGCUGUCAAGGUAUUUAAUCUCCAGCAAUCAGGAUCAUACAAAAGUUUUCAGGCUGAGUGCGAAGCGCUACGAAGAGUGAGGCACCGAUGUCUCGUAAAGAUCAUGACAUGCUGUUCAAGCAUCAACCACCAAGGUCAAGAUUUUAGAGCACUAGUUUUCGAGUUCAUGCCUAAUGGCAGCUUAGAAAGCUGGAUCCACUCAAGUACUGAAACCCAAAAUGGAAACAGAACACUCACCUUAGCACAGAGGUUAGAUAUUGCUGCCGACAUCGUGGAUGCUUUAGAUUAUCUUCAUAAUGGUUGCCAGCCAUCGGUUGUCCACUGUGAUCUCAAGCCAGGUAACAUUCUUCUUAAUCAAGAUAUGAGGGCUCGAGUUGGAGAUUUUGGCAUUGCUAGGGUUCUCAAUGAAGCUGCAAGUGGAAUUUCUGUGAAUUCCAAUAGCACCAUUGGAAUAAGAGGAUCUAUCGGGUACAUUGCUCCAGAAUACGGAGAAGGGCUUGGAGUAUCGACCUAUGGUGAUGUGUACAGUCUUGGCAUCAUCUUGAUUGAGAUGUUCACAGGAAAGAGUCCAACAGACGAUAUGUUCAGAGAUGGGUUAAGCCUGCAUGACUUUGCCGUGGCAGCUCUUCCUGAGAAGGUCAUGGAAAUAGCAGAUUCCAGAAUCUGGCUGCAUUAUGAAACAAACUCUGAGAAUGCUACAAAAAAUAUAACAGAAGCCAAAGAAUUAUUGGCUGCCAUCAUCCAGCUAGGUGUGCUGUGCUCAAAGCAAUCACCCAGAGAGCGGCUGUCAAUGAGUAAUGCCGCUGCAGAGAUGCACAAUAUCAGAGAUGCGUUCCUCAGUACUCAGUUUUGAGUGUGUUGCAAAUUUAACACAUUCGAACCUAUUGUCAUUUCCUGCGCCUUACCAUGCAUUUUGUGAUAAUACUUUUGGUCAAUUGUUUCCGUAGAGAGAAAUUUACACGAGACACACAUCUGACCUCCUGGCUAUAUCUUUGACAACAGUUAAAGAAGAUACCAGUUCACUGUUAAUUUAUUUACCAUCCUUAAGCAAGCAGGCCAAUAAUGAGCAAUGGGACUCAGCCUUUUCAAUUUAAA